AUGGCCGCUUCGAUUCUCGACGAGGGGCAAAUCGAUUUGGCCAUCACUCGACUCGUCCAGGAUGCCGCCAACUUUAUCGAGCACAAAGUGGAGCUCGGCGAGCCCGACAUCAAAAUCCCAAUAUUCUUCGUGAUGGGCUACAAUUUGGUGCGGCAACAGGCCGCACUGCUCGGCCUCCGAGUGCCGAUGCUCGACACGCUGCCGCACACUGUCGAAAUGAUUUUGGUGGCCGAGGUCGGGACGCCAAUGGCUGGAACUCUUCCAUUCGUCGACGGCCAGGGAAUGCUCGUCGACCCGGCGUCCGAUGGAACGGUCUUCACCGACUUUGUCAGAUUCGUGAAGGACAUGUACGCCUACUGCGAGAAUGGCGUGCACAUGACCGGACGAUUGCCACCGCUGCCCUUCAGCUACUUGCUCGCAACGAUUUGGCUGCAAUUGGCGGUGCUCAGCAAUCCGAACAGCAGCGACUCUUUUAUGGUCAGUUUUAUUCCCUUCGCUUUGCAGAUUCACCUCGUGAAAAAGUUUGGCGAUCUCGUGCCUGGGGACUACGCCUUCCCAGCUCUUCAACUCCCACAGAAUAACUAA